CACUUUUUAGCACAACACCGGAAAUCACUUUUUGGCAGACGAUUACCACCGCAAGAUCAUACCGAGUGCAGAUGUCUGAAAGCUGUCAUCAUGGUGCUGAAGAGGAGCAGGUGUAAAUUGUAUUAUGGCCGCAACUUCAACAAGAGUUCAAGUAACUACAGCUACAGAAGAUACAGAUACUUUAGAAGAUACGACAGCAACUACUGCCACAUCAGCAGAACCAGGUACUAUAACAACAGAACAAGCUACUACCACAGCAGAUCCAGCUACUACAACUGCAGAUCCAGGUACUGCAACUGCAGAUCCAGCUACUAAAACAGCAGAUCCAGCUGCUACAACUGCAGAUCCAGCUACUAAAACAGCAGAUCCAGCUGCUACAACAGCAGAUCCAGCUACUAAAACAGCAGAUCCAGCUACUACAACAACACCUGCAGAUCCCUGUAAUCCAAAUCCAUGUGGCCCUGGAAGCACCUGUGCAUCCCGUGCUGACCAGACAUUUGUAUGCUUGUGUCUGCCUGGUGAUGCCUACAAUAAUCAAGCCAAGACUUGUGAAAUUGCCAAAGUUUUCCCUGGACAAGUUCAAUUGUCUAAAGAACCAUAUGAUGAAAGCAUGAAAGACCCCAAAUCACAGAAGUUUAAAGAAACUGCAGAUGAAAUAGUUGCUGAGCUGGAUACUGUUUUUAAAGAGAACCCCACCUACACCGGCUCUACAGUGCUGGCCCUCCUGCCAAGCGACAAUGUCUUGAUAAGGUCUGACCAGGUCGUCACUGCAUCUGUAGAGAUCAAGUUCUCAGCCAGUUCUCAAAUCAAAUCAGAUCAAGUUUUAAAGCAGAUCGAAGACUAUAAAUGUACAGACUGUGUACUGGAUGGGGCAACCUUUAAAGAGACAGACUUGUGUACUCUGGAUCCUUGUGAUAGACAAUCCACACAGUGCAAAUCAGGCGAUGGAUCAUUCAGCUGUACCUGUAUGGAGGGCUACAUUCGGACAAACUACAGUAUCAGAAUAUGCGUUCCUGUUUGUCCCUAUGGGCAAGAAUUAAAGGGCGGCACGUGUAAGAACUGUGCGUUUGGCUACUCUGGUUUCAACUGCAGUGAAAACUGGAAGCUCAUUCUGGUAAUUGUGGGCUGUGUGCUUGGUGGACUGCUGCUCAUAGCCUUCAUCCUUCUGCCAGUUGUAGCUACCCUAAAUUCAAAGAAGAGCUCCAAGAAGAACAAAGAUGCAGACAUGGAGAAACCAAAUCAGGCGUCUUUCAAUAUCCCAUUGGCUACCAGCAGAUUUGGCAACAACCAGGCUGGCCCAUUUAGUGGAUCAGCCAAUGGCCAGGCAGGCUUUUCCAAUAAUGGAAUGUCCAAAUUCCCACGAGUUGCCACCAACAGUUGGGACAACAGGACCAAACAGGAGAUGAAUCCAACCAACAACCGGCACAGCUUUGGCCCUACGGACAGGAGCUCGCGGAUAUACGAUGACCCCUAUGAUGUAAGCCCAUACGCUCGACCUCAGAAUGCCAUCAAUCCUCCCAAGACCAACCCGUAUGCUCAGAGCCAAGGCCACAGCAACCCUUACUACACACACGAUGACGGAAAACGCUUUUAUUAGUACAAAAUCAGAAAGGUUGAUUAAACAAUGACAUUUUGUUGUUUUGAGUUUUUAAAUCUGUUUUCUAAUUACUGCACAUAAUGAAUCUUAAUGAACCGUAUGUCCUCUUUGACGUGUAGUGGGGAAUUGUAUUCUGACAAACUGCAGUAAAAGCUGUCAUAAACCAAUCUCGCCUGUUCUUGUCUAAAGCAUAUGAAGUUUGAGACAUGAUUCCAAGGAUUUAUAUCAUUUUAUUUUGGUGUUUUUGAUUCAUUGACGUAUGAAUUAUUGAAGAGUUAUUUAUUCAAAUUGAAUAAGAAACCUGUCUGAAUGACACAAUGAUGAGGUGCUGCUUGGUUUUCUCAUCUGAUUAAUGCUUCACUCGUCUAUGAAUUUAUGUUAAAAAUUAUGUAAAUAUGUUUUAUUUUUGACAUGAGUCGCAAUUUGAUGUUUGACUCGGUUUUUGUGAAUGAGAUGAGUUUCUUCUAAUGUAUAAUACCCAUGUUAAGGAUUUAGUAGCAUCAAGUGGUGAUGUUGCACAUUGCAACUCAACACACCUUUAUUACCCCUGUCUUUACAAACAUGGACAACAUUGUGUGUGUUUAUUUAGAUGAAAUCAUUUGGCACACACACACAUAUGUGUGUGUGUGCAUGUGUGUGUGUGUAUUAUUUGUAUUAUUUCCAAUUUUAAUAAGUCCCCCUAAAUCCUUUGCAGCAUGUGUUUUUAUUAUGUUAAUUUAAUUUUGAUUGUUUUAGCAUAAUUUGUGAAACAUGCUGAAUGCCUGUAAAUAGUUUGACAUUCAGUUUUGUGUAAGAAAUUGGAUUUUAUUUUUGACUAAUUCUAUGCUGUUAUUCA